CUGCAAGUGGGAACAAGUAGCUGUAGCUGUAUAACAUGAGACGGUUACUAUCACUGUAGGAACAAAAACAUUUUGACAUGACCGAAACAGUAGGUGUCAGUGUAUUACCACGAUCGUAGAGAACUAUGGUGUUGGUGAAAUUUUUAGAUGCAGCCUAGUACUAGUUGUAGUUGUCUGGUAAGAUAGAGUAGAGCUAUAAGUCAGCUUCAUGUCAAACACUUUUUCGCAGUACUCGGCUAAGCAAUCCACAUGACAACAAUGGCGGGACAGCCUUUCGAGUGGGGGUCGUUGUACCUAGCGAAGAGGCAGCGACCUGUGUCGGAUCUCGAAAUCGAACAUGAGCUUGCCUCGAAAAUGCGAAAGAUGGGAACUGAUUGCCAUAUUGGCAGUGCUGCGGCCGUUCCCCCGGCGUCGACCUCUUUAUCGUCCGGAUCAUUCUCGACGGGCGGAUCUUCUGGCAGCCGUGCGCCAUUGUUCGGAGACCAUACGCAUACUAUCACCAGAGGGCCGGCCAGCGCGGAGAGGAGAACGGCGCAACAGGAGAGCAAUAGCAGCCUUGGUAGCCAUUGGAGCCUCAAGAAUAACGAUGGUAGCGAGGAUGGCGGCUUCAAUAGCUCAUUGAGGUUCCCUCCGCUGCAACAAGGUGACGUUGGCCGAGACAUAUCGGAAGUAUUUCUGCCGCCCGGAGUUCAACGUGGGAGUAACAUUGUAGGCCAGCAGCGCCAGCGUCAGCUGGAGCAAAUGACCUCCAUCUCACCAGCGACGCCCCGCGCAAGAGGUAGCGGCCGCGGAUCUUCGGCGACUGGUGGCGACUCGAUGCAUGAGUGGCAGUGGGACGAAGAGCCACCACCGCCACCCGAAAAGCUGUCACGCAGAGAGCUCGCAGAACAAAGUGGAGGUAACGAUGACUCUGUUGAGAUAGAGGAGGAUGAUAACAUUUUGGACGAGGAGGAAAGCCUUACGCGACGGUUCGAAGAUGAGCCGGGACGAGGAGAGCGAGACCCUAAUCAAUUUGCGCUAAUGCCAUACCUCACACCUGACCAAAUACGUGAGGCGCAAACUCGACAGCCUGGAAUUCCACGUAUUGAAAUUUUUUCUCUUUGUGAAGAUCUUCAUGGUUUUAUUCCAGCAAGAAACCAAUCUUGUUUCCUAUCCUGGAUCCCGAUACGAUUGUAAAUAGAACUGAUUGAUGUUCGUUAUAUCAUCAUUACUUAUUUCCAUUUCCAAUAUGAAAGAUCUGCUCGCCGUUUUCAUUUAUGAUCUAUCACCAGCUCGAGUUAUAUCCGCAUCGUCUUGAUGACUUGCUUCGUGACUCUCGGAUCAUCAGGGCCAAUACCUACGGAUAGACCUAUUGCGCAUGUGCACAUGGGUGAUAAGCAUCAACGACGUGGACUAACACAAGGAGGAGAGCUUCCUUCGGUUGUUCGAGACCAGAUGCGACGAAGGAACGAGGUCCCGCCCGUGGGACUCUCCAUUGUUCCUUGGGACCAGCACCAGGCGCAGUUACAGAAUUUCUCACAAAACUUACUCAGCAGUUCACAAGGAUGGGCUGACAUAAUGACAAGUGCGCCGCAAGUCGACGAUGACGGGGACAAUAUGAUGGUGGAUUCUGGAUGAAAGAUCGUGGUCUUCAUCUUCAACAGCUAAUGCGAAUAUGACGAGGAUCAUAAGCUUUGCCUCUUGCGGAGCUUGCAACAGUGGAGCUCGAUAGUGAUAAUGCCAUGGCACUCGGCAUGAUCGCCUAUUUGCUGAAAAUUGUGUAACGUGCAGAACGAUCGGUAGCAAAUGGUGGCAUCGCUGCAGAUAUAAUCGCGCACAUUUUGGUCGUACAAGCGAUGUAUUAUGUGUGACGAAAGGAAUUAGUUAUUUUUGUAACAAUCGCAAGCAUCACCUUAUCAAAACCUCAAUGACGCAUGUACACCCAGGAGAACCAUUCAAGAACCAUGAUCUAUGUAUUGGCUACUCUUUUUGGAACACUACCUCCGCACACGCACACAUCGUACAUACUUACUCAUAAAAAUUAACACGCAACCACAUGGUCAUGAUAUUCUUCUUCCUAAGUAGAUCCAUCUUACUCCUGGUGUUGCUGCUUCGGUCAACGCCAAGAAUGCUCGUCGUCGCUUCUGUCCUACACUUGUUCACUAUAACUUUUUGGUCGGUUUGCAGUGAGCUGGUCGGUUUGCAGUGCGCUGGUCGUGUUGUAGUUUGAUGAAUCAAGAUACCUUCUUUUUCGUUACUUCUACU